AUGCUGUCUGUUCCUCUUGUAGCGCCUCGCGAUUCACACGAGCUCUGGUUCGGAUCCUCUCGUCCACGAUAUAGAGGCAGCACAAAUGCCUCCAGCUCAGAGCCAUCAGCAACUCGACGACAGCAGCUCCACAAUGGCAAUGGCAACCUGCUCACGAAUGCACCAACAUCAACCCGCGCCGUCUUCUCCUCAACCACACCUUCCAAUAGUCUCGCCAUGUUGCAGCUCGAAGAACGUGCUCUAAGACUACGAAAAGAGAACAUUGCCUCAUUUGGAGCGGCAUGGAUUAAACCCGCGGGUAUACCUAAGACGAUGCAGGGGAUGAGAGAAGAAGAAGCGGAGCGGGAGGAAGGAUUGGCAGCGGCACAGCAGGAGUUGAAUGUUGCUGCUAUGGUGGCAGCGGCAGGAGCUGGGGGUGCUGGUGUAAUGGACAUGGAUGCUUUUGGUGGGGAGGCGAUGCUUCAACAGCAGCAGCAGGAUAUGAUGAUGGGAGGGGACAAUGCCGGUGUCGCAGGGGAAGGGGAUGGGAAUGAAGCGGAUGAACUUGAAAGAGAUCUGGAUGAUGAUAUCCCUGAAGCCGAAGAUAAUGGGUUUGAGGACUCUGGUGAUGAGGAGGGUCUUGUCGAAGAAGGUGAAGAGGCAUAUGAAGAAGAGCUUAUGGAUCGGAAUCUAGAUGAUGAUAUACCUGACGGAUAUCCGGAUGAAGACGACGACGAUGACGACGACGACGACGAUGAUGAAGAGGAUGCUUAUGAUGAUGACGAAAUGCCCGGUGGUGAUGAGAUUCCGGUCCGCGACUUGGAUGAUGAUAUUCCAGAAGCAAAUGACCUGGAAGACGAAGACAUGGACGACGAUAUCCCAGAAGCCGAAGAAUGGCAACAUACGGACUCGGAACUAGAAGACAACGAUGACUCGGACUUGGAUGGAGACCACACUGGUACACAUGAUCCAUUCGCUCAUUAUGGUGGCGGAGAUGAUGGCAUUGUCUCAACUAAUACGCAAACACCGGCAAGUGCGAAUACAGCGCGACGAGGGUCACGACGUAGUAGUACUCAUCUGCCGCCACCACCGCAAGCACGAACUCGCGAAACAGAGGCGCAACGACGAUUUCUGCAACGUUGGAGUGGGGUUGGUGUUGAGACCGACUCGGAUAAUGAAACUUUACCCUCACCUAUGAUGGGUGUUGAUAAUGACGAAGAAGAUGACGAUCUACGUGCUUCCAUAACGAGUGCAGGCUAUGCCCGGGGCCAAGUUGCGCGGAGCGCGCGAAUGAGACAGGCUCAGAGUAGAUUUGGUCGGUUUAUGAGACGGGGGGGACCUAGAGAUAGUCUAGACUGA